GACCGCCGCCCGGGCACUACGCCCUGCCGCCCCCUGGCCCGUACGGUUAUCCGCCGCCUGGACACUAUGGCUAUCCGCCGCAUGAACCUCCUGGUAUGGGCCCAGGGCGCUUUCACGGCCGCAUCAAGACCUUCAACAUGAAGCACGGCUUUGGUUUUAUCGAUUGUCCUGCGGCCUACCACCGUUUCAAGAGAGACGUCUUCAUCCACAAGGCGCAGAUAGGCGACUUGGAGGUCGGCGAUGACGUCACGUUCAAGAUAGAGACGAACAAGGACGGUCAUCCGCAAUCCCGAGACAUCCUUUGCAUGGACGGGAGACCACCGGGAAGGAGGCCGCCCUCGGACUCGGACGACGAGCGGAAGGGGAAGGGUGGUGGCCGGGGACGACCACGCCGCCGAGGGGGAAAAGGCCGCAAGAAGCAGGCGGCGCAGGACGGCAAGGGUCCUCAGCAGAAAGACGACGAUGAUGCGGCUGAUGCGGCUGAUGCGGCUGAUGCGGCUGAUGCGGCUGAUGCAGCUGAUGCAGACGCGCCUCCCGCGAUGCAGGGUCCGCCGCCUGCGCCGGGCGCCCCACCGGUGAUGCAAGGGCCACCUGCAUCGUAA